AUGACGGCCUUGGAGACAGCCUAUGUAAUGGAUGAUAACUCUGAAGUGUUUUAUUACUUGGUGGUACCAUCGCCAACAAUCUCCACUUCAACAGCACAAAACGACGUAGAGAGUAUGAAUGAAAGAAGAGUUGGUUGGCUAACGAUGGAUAAGUCUGUGGGAAGACUGACUGUACAUGAUUGGUGUGUUUUGCGACAAGGAUCACCACCAGCAACCACAACAAGGGCAGCAUCAGAGACAACAACAGCAACAUUUUCAAAGGAAGAUUCUGGGUUUGUAGCAGCAGCUACCGGAAUGCUAGCUGACGUUGAAACAAAAACAGCAGGACGAGCGCAAGCACAAGCACAAGCAGCAGCAACAACAGCAUCAACAGCCACAACGGCAACAGAAGAAAUAUCCACAACAGUGGCUAGACCACCCACAGCAAGACCAUCUGCAUUGGUUGAGGAGGUGCAGGACGCUGCGGAGGCAGCAACAAGAGCAGCAGACAGAGUAACCAUUGCAGGAGAAUUGGAAGAUUUGGAAUUUUCUGAACUUCGUAGCAAAGUGAUGUUGCGUUUGGAAGAAAAAACAAUAGCCUCAAGAAACUUGGAAGCAUUUACGGCUCAAUUAUGCCAAGUAGCUGCAACUAUCAAUUUCAUGAAUGAAACAGGCCAAGUGAUGAAGAAUAUUUUGAGCCUGUAUCAAUAUAUGACAUUUGUGGAAUCUAUCUUGCAUCGAUUCUAUUCUGCACAUGAUGCGCAGGAGGAAAUGGUGGCGAAUGGUGCUUCGGUUGCAAAAUUUUAUGAGAAUAAAAUUAGAGGUGAACGCGUCCUGCGCCUUUACGGCAUGCUUGGAAUGAAAGGAGUGUUAGCCGUGGAGAUUAUCACAAUAGGAAGUUAUAGAUUGGAUGAACGAAGUUUACGUGAAAACGCACUAGCACGCAACAGCCAUUCGACGUAG